CGCCCGACUCGUACGUUAACGACGUUCACGCGCGAUACGUGACGACCGUACACACACUCGCGAUACGUUCACGGUGUACCCCGGGUUCGACGUGCCGAAAGUCGAUCGCAAUUUUCAUACUCAGGCCGCCGACGGACUCGCCGUUUCCCCUCCUAAAAUCAACCCCGCCACCAUCCUUACCACCAUUAUACAUUCCCGGGGAGUGCGGUGAUAAUAGGUACGCGGUCUCGUCGUUUACGCGAUCUGCGGCCGCAGUGAUCUAAACCGCACUCCGGCCCCGGACACGCAGCAGGCCGAUCGUGCCGCGAACGCGGGACGAUCUAUCGCCGGAACGACGGGACGACCGGCAUACGGCCCCGAUACGACGUGCGAGACUCGUCGGCGUGCACGCGCUUUCGACGCGUCCGUGGUCAAUUAACCACCACCAUCGCCGCCGCCACCACCCCACCCGUUUGCGCGCGACGUUCUGUGACUCACGUUUAUCCUCCUUCCGUGCGCGACCGACGACGACGACAACCACCACGACACAAUCAAUAACCUUAUCACACACUUACGCUCUGGUCGCGCGUUCACGCGUAUGACGUGCUCGCUGCCCGUUUCACCGUUCGCUUCUCGUGCUAUUCGGCCGACGGCUAUCGUAACCGCUCCUGUUCCGACUUCUGCCGAUCCGGAAACUUUCGCACCGCCGACGACCGCGACUAUAACAACAACAUCAUCGUUAUCGUCGACAACAGCUGCACCACCACCAUUAGCAAUCGUCGUUUUGCCGUUGAAUUUAAUGUCUGGAAAAUAUAAAUCCUUCAGUUUCGCGAGAUUUCAGAAUCUGUGGAUCCAUAUUUUGAAAAGCUAUGAUAGGCUUGAAACUGGACAAUGAUGACUUAUCAAAGCUUUUUCCCAAAUGUCGUCCAGCUACUGUGCGAUCUACAGACUUAAAUCUAAAUCCCCUCUGUGACGACGACACGGAUCAUGAUAUGGACUUAACUCAGCCAAAUGAACGACAAAGAAAUAGGUGUGAUAAUGUACAUGGAAAUGGAACAAGAAAACGUAGUAUCCGUGGGAUAAGAAAAUUUCGAAGUCGUAGAAGAAGUGAUAGUGAUGCUAGUCAAGAUUCAUCUUUAGAAACCAGUAUUGAAGACGAUGAGGAAGAAAUUAAUGAAAACAUGGAUGAAGAUGAAGAUGAUGAAUCUGAUAUAAAAAAUGUGUCUAGUGAAUCAAGUGUCAUGUGUAAUGUAGAUAUUGAGGCCUCCAACAGAACAAGAAACUCAAACAAAGUUAACUUAACAUCACAACAAUCUACUUAUAAAUUGAGAGAUUCCAGAAUAAUAGAAAUAGCAGGUGGUCGAGAAGUUUAUAGUCAAAGCCGUAGUAAACCCGGGCGAAAAACUCGACAAUUACCUUUACCUACAGAAGUUGACUGGAUCAAAUCACCUGGUCGGAUAUGGGAACUACGCAAUAGAGGACUAGAUGUUCCAAGUACUGAAUCUUCAAGAGAAAUUUCGGAAACAGUGUUUUCUUCUGAUGUUAAAUCUACAAAACAUCAACGGCCAUUAUCUUUAGAAUUAGAUGAUCCAGUUUUAUUUGAUGAUGUACAUAAUGAUGUAUGGGAUAAAGUUCAACAUGAUACUUCAAUAAGCCAUUAUGGAAUGCAUCAUAAUAAAAAUUUGUAUCAAGCUAUUGAUUCCUGUCAACACCAUAUAAAUUAUAAAACUAGUCAAAAUGGAGGUAUAAAUUUAAUUGGAAAUAGUAAUCGAUCUGAAAUAUCGAGCACUGACAACACUGAUGGAUUAGUUAGAUCUCAAAGUGAAGUUCAAACUAAUGAUUUUAAUGGAUCACCAAAACAGUACAGGGAAGAAGAACAAUCAAUGCCAUCUUUAUUAUCAUCUCCUACACUUUAUAUGCCUCGGCCGGGAUUUCCUCAAAGAGUGGUUCAAGAUGAUUCUAGGUCUUCCAGCCCUUCUCCAACUAUGAAUUUUGAUUAUUUGUAUGAGUUUUCAGAAACUAGAAAAGUGUUAGAAGAAUUUUUCAAGUCUGGCGCUGAAAAUCAGGACUCUCAACAAUUACAAUUCCAAGAUUUGGAGUAUGAAUUGAGAAGACGAAUACCAGUGUCUGAACAAGGUAAUACUUAUAUUGGUAUGCGUUUAUCUAAUGAAGAUUUACACAAAAGUUCACAGUUGUCUCCACACAAACAUGAUUCUUCAUCAGAUGGAUCUCGAUGUUUAGCUGGAGUUCAUCAAAGCUGUGUUGGAAGAUAUAGUCGCAAUGUAACUUUAUCACCUGAAGUAACUGACUGUGAAGAUGUUGGUAUGGGUAGUGAUGGAGAGUCAUCUUCUAUGGUAGAUGGUCAACAUCUUAUUCCAAUAUGUGGUGUAACAUCUAUCACCAUGCCAGUUUUAGAAGAUGGAUUGUCCAGUGGUCACACAAGUGAUACAGACAACAAUAAUCCAACUGUAUUGUUAAUGAAAAGGCAAAUUAGUGAGAUUGAAAGAGAAAUAAUAGAACGUACAACUAGGCCCAGUAAAUGUGAUAACAAUGACACUAAUACAAGUGAAAUGCAUUCCAAUUGCCAAGAAACUGGAAUACAAUUAUUGGAUUCUUUAGUAAGAUCUGAUGAGAGUAGAACACCUCCACCACCAGCACCAACAGCACAUCGUAGUGUUAAUGAAUCUGCUGAUAUGGUUGAGGCUGCUAUUCAUGAAAUAAGAUCUAGUCUUAGACAAACAAAACCCUUAAAAACUACCAAUGUUGAUGAUGACAUAUCACCGGGUUGUAGUCCAAGCAAAGAUAGUACUAACUCUAAUACUGCCAAAACUGAAGAUUUGCCCAUUUGGGUACCAAGACAUAGAGGAGUUGGUUCUGGACCUAGUGGUGAUGAAGAAGAAGCAGAUACAGACUUAGAAACUGAUAGACUUUUAGGACAACAAAGAACUGAUGACACUGGAUUUUUUGAUGAAAAAGCUGACUGGAAGAAGUCAAAAACACGGUCUUUGUUACCGUUUAGUUUGACAUCAUCAUCAAGCAAUACGUCCUCGCAUCCUGCACCCGUAGAACCGGCUGCUAAUAUUGAAAAACCAUUCAUCGUACCCCAAACCCUUAACCCUGCAAAAAAGGAAAAAGAUGGAACUAAAAAGAAAUCUCGCAAUAAAGAAGUUAUGAUUCACGAACCUGCAGUGUUAAUUGAAGGUGUUCUAUUCCGAGCACGCUACUUGGGUUCUACACAGUUGGCUUGUGAAGGACAACCUACUAAGAGCACGAGAAUGAUGCAAGCUGAAGAAGCAGUAUCUAGAAUAAAAGCUUUGGCUCCAGAUGGUGAAACUCAACCAAGUACAGAAGUAGAUCUUUUUAUUUCGACUGAAAAAAUAAUGGUUCUCAAUACUGAUUUGAAAGAAAUCAUGAUGGACCAUGCCCUUAGGACCAUUUCUUAUAUAGCUGAUAUUGGUGAACUGGUUGUAUUAAUGGCUCGAAGACGUUGUUUCCUCACACAUCAAUCAUCUGAAUCCACCACAGAAACUGCAUUAGUGUCUUCUAGUGUGAAUGGCAUUGAUAAAUCAGCUAAUAAUAGAACCCCCAAGAUGAUAUGCCAUGUUUUUGAGAGUGAUGAAGCUCAGUUCAUUGCUCAAUCUAUUGGUCAAGCCUUUCAAGUGGCGUAUAUGGAAUUCUUAAAAGCAAAUGGCAUAGAGGAUCAUAGUUUUGUUAAAGAAAUGGACUAUCAAGAAGUAUUGAACUCACAAGAGAUAUUUGGAGAUGAAUUACAAAUGUUUGCAAAGAAAGAAUUGCAAAAGGAAGUUGUAGUACCAAAGUCUAAAGGAGAAAUACUUGGUGUUGUGAUAGUCGAGUCAGGUUGGGGUUCCAUGCUACCUACUGUUGUAAUUGCAAACUUAGCUCCAGCAGGAGCAGCUGCACGCUGUGGACAACUGAACAUUGGUGAUCAAAUCAUUGCUAUUAAUGGUGUUUCACUCGUAGGUCUGCCAUUGUCUACAUGUCAAAAUUAUAUAAAAAAUUCUAAACCUCAAACAGUGAUUAAGUUAACCGUUGUUCCAUGUGCUCCAGUAGUUGAGGUAAAAAUAAAAAGACCAGACACAAAAUACCAACUUGGUUUUAGUGUUCAAAAUGGUGUGAUAUGCAGUUUACUUCGUGGUGGAAUCGCAGAACGUGGUGGAGUGAGAGUUGGCCAUAGAAUUAUUGAAAUUAAUAAUCAAAGCGUAGUAGCUGUACCACAUGAAAAAAUUGUAAAUUUACUAGCAACGUCAGUAGGAGAAAUUUUGAUGAAAACAAUGCCAACAUCUAUGUUUCGUCUCCUGACUGGUCAAGAGACACCUGUGUUUAUCUAGUCAUUAGACACAAAUAAUCUAAAUAUUAUUUUAAAGUGUAAAAUAUUUACCAAUUUGAAUUUAUAAGGUUUUAACCUUGAACAACCAUGAAGGAUAAAUGAUAUUUUUGGGACGUUAGCAGUGUUAAUCAUCACAACGUAUGAAUACACUGCAAUCUCAGUGGACUGUGGAUAUCCUGCCUGGCAAAUUUGUGGACUAGUAAAUGGUUAUUUUGCACAAUAUCUGUGGGCAUCUUUUCCUCAUCAUUCCCUUCAUUAAUGUAAAAAUUGAGUACAAUGAGUAAGUGGGGGGAGGAAUUAAUAAAAUCUGGAAAUACUAAUUUUCCGAAUAUUUUCUUAAUUUUAAAAUUUAUAGUUUUUUUUUUUUAUUAUUGUUUUGAUUGUCUUGAUUCAACAACUUAGAUUAUAUUUAAGACAAUUUAAACAAUAAUUGCAUACACAUUUAAAACACAAUUUAUCAAAUAUUGCCAUAUCACAAACAUUUAUAUUAUUGUACUUUACAUGUAAAUGUUUUUCUAAGUCUAAUCAACCUAUUUAAGACCCUACUUUUUUUUUUAAUGUUUUGUUUUUUUUCUAUAUUUUUUUAAAAGUUGUUAUUGUUAUUUUAUUUUUAUUUGUGAUAAUUACUUUAUUUGCUAAUGUAUAUUAUGUUGCUGUAGCAUUGUAUUAAUUUAUACUUUGAACCGACAACAUUGUAAACAUAACAUUGUUGUCAUUUGAACAACUCAAAUGUACGUAUCAUACAUAAAACUCGUCUAAUGACA